CGUCUUGUCCUUUCUUUUCUCAUUCUUAAGCACUCUCCUCCAUGGAUGAGGCCCAAUUGUUUGAAUUCGUCGUCAAGGAUGGUAAUGGAGUCAAGGGUCUCGCCGACUCUGGUUUAUCUUCCGUUCCCCAACGUUACGUGCAACCUCCCCAAGAACGAAUCGAUAGGAACGAUGUGAUCGAUGGAUCACCGUACCUAGGAAAGCCGAUUGACUUGUCAGGAUUGUAUGGGGAGAAGAAGGAUGAAACCAUUGAUGCUCUAUGUGGAGCAGCCCAGAGGCUUGGGUUCUUCCAGGUGUUGAACCAUGGAGUGGGACAAGAAGUGCUCGCACGUGCUAAGCACGCUGCGCAUACUUUCUUUAACCAGUCACCGCAGAAGAAGGCACUUUACUUGAAAGACUUGACACCAUGCCCAAGGGUCUUCUAUGGCACGAGCUUUUCACCGGAGACCGAAAAGUCACUCGAGUGGAAGGAUUACUUGAGUAUGGGUUACAUGAACGAUGAUGAAGCCAUGCAGUUUUGGCCACAGGAGUGCCGAGAUGCAACCCUUGAAUACCUGAAGGCAGCCAACAAGAUGAUCUACGCAAUUCUUAGCACCCUACUGAAUGGGCUAGGCGUAGAUAUUGACGAGUCAGCAUUAGAUGACUACACAGAAGCUAAAAUUGUGAACAUGAACUACUACCCACCAUGCCCAAAUCCAGAGCUUACAGUUGGUGUUGGAAGGCAUUCUGAUGUAGGGCUCCUGACCAUCCUUUUACAAGACGACAUUGGAGGCCUAUUUGUUAACGUGGAAAAGAAGGGAUGGAUAGAGAUCCCACCCAUUGAAGGCACGCUAGUUGUCAACUUGGGCGACACUCUGGAGAUAUUGAGCAAUGGAAGGUAUAAGAGUGCGGAGCAUCGGGUAAUGGCAAGCAGCACAAAAGCCCGAGUGUCGGUCCCGUUAUUCGUGAGUCCCCAGCCACAUACAAUGAUCGGCCCCUUCCCAGGGCUCCCAGAGAAGGAUGGAAAGACUGUGUAUAGGCAGCUCUUGUAUGAAGAAUACAAGGCUCAUUUCUUCGGGACAGCUCACCAAGGCAAAAAGACUCUAGACCUCGCCAAAUGUAGCUGACGAAAUUCAGUUCACAUUCAUACCCAUAUGUGCAUAUGAGAAUAAAUAAUGAAGGGAAGUUGUUUGUCACUUGUUUCCAAAAUAGGGCCACAUGGGUAAUGUUUGGAUACCACCCAAUAAGUAAUAUUUUUAACUUUAAGUUGUUACUUUUUUAAAUG